UAGCCGCUAGAUUAUCAGCCCCCUCUCCACACGUUCUCGCUCUUUCUCGAGUUGUUCUUCACAGGACAAGCACAGUCGAGAGGUUUCGAAGCGGUCUCUCUCUCUAUAUCUCCACCAAUCUCUCUCCAUCUAUCUCUACACAUAGAAAACUCCAAUUUUGAAACCCUAAUUUCGAAUUCAGAAUCUUCAAUGAUCAAUCUGAAGCCGCCGGAGGCUCGGGCGUCGUCGUCGUCGUCGGUGCCGCCGGUGACGGCGGAGAAGGCGUUCUCGUUCAUAUCGCGAGGUUGGAGAGAAGUCAAGGACUCUGCGGACGCCGAUCUCCAGUUGAUGAAAGACAGAGCCAAUUCCUUCAAAAACUUGGCUUCGUCUUUCGAUCGAGAGCUCGAGAACUUCCUCAAUUCAGCCUCCAGAUCAAAGUUCUCUGUGCCUUCUAUCAGGUCUUCGCCUCCGGCUGAAAUCGAUUUCGUGAAGCGAUUGCAGCCGAAAUUGUCCGAAAUUCGAAGGGCGUACUCGUCCCCCGAUUUCAGCCGCAAGGUUCUGGAGAAAUGGAGACCUAGGGCUAGAAUUCGCAUAGACUUGUCGGCGAUUAAGAACGCGAUUGUGUCGGAGGUGGAGGAUGGGGGUGAUUUUGAUGAGAGAGAGAGGUAUCGGAGGGGGAGGAUUGUGAGGUUUAAGGACUUUAGGUGGGACUGGCCGGGAGAUGGAGGGAGCGAGGAAAGUCAGUUUCGGGAUUGGGAGCCAAUCAGGGCAUUCAAGACACGGUUGCGAGAGUUCGAGCAGAAGAGUUCAUCUUCGGAGAUUUUCGAGAGUUUGAAGAACAGUGAGUUUGUGGUGAAAGUGAAGUCAAGCUUGAAAGCAAUCUGCAAGGACCCAACUGAUUCAAAGGAAGUUCCACCGCUUGAUGUACCAGAACUUUUGGCAUAUUUAGUUAGACAAUCUGGGCCAUUCUUGGAUCAAAUUGGCGUUAGAAGAGAUAUAUCCGACAAGAUAGUGGAAAGCUUGUGCAGCAAACGCAAGAAUCAACUUCUAUUGCGUUCCAUGCCUGGUGGAGAAACAACCAUUCUUGAAGGCAAUAGCAUUGGUGAUGAACUGGACUUAAGGAUAGCCAGUGUUCUCCAAAGCACAGGGCAUCAUUAUGAGGGAGGCUUUUGGUCCGAUUCUUCGAAGCAUGACUUGUCAAACAGGGAAAGGCACGUAGCUAUUGUUACGACUGCCAGUCUUCCAUGGAUGACAGGAACAGCUGUAAAUCCUCUGUUUCGAGCUGCAUAUUUAUCGAAGUCUGCAAAACAAAAGGUCACAUUGCUGGUUCCAUGGCUUUGUCGAUCAGACCAAGAACUAGUUUACCCGAACAAUCUCACUUUUAGUUCACCUGAAGAUCAGGAGGUUUAUAUUCGUAAAUGGCUUGAGGAAAGGGUGGGUUUUAAGGCAGAUUUCAAUAUCUCAUUCUAUCCAGGAAAGUUCUCAAAAGCAAGGCGGAGUAUAAUACCUACUGGAGAUACAUCUCAGUUCAUUCCAUCAAAGGAUGCUGACAUUGCUAUCCUGGAAGAACCGGAACAUCUCAAUUGGUACCAUCAUGGUAAACGCUGGACUGAUAAAUUUAACCAUGUCGUUGGUAUUGUCCACACGAAUUACUUAGAAUACAUCAAGAGGGAGAAGAAUGGGGCUAUUCAAGCUUUCCUUGUGAAACACAUAAACAAUUUGGUCGCAAGAGCAUAUUGCAACAAGGUUCUUCGGCUUUCCGCUGCCACCCAGGAUUUGCCUAAGUCUGUAGUUUGCAAUGUUCAUGGUGUGAAUCCCAAGUUUCUAUUAAUUGGUGAAAAAGUUGCUGCUGAAAGGGAGCGCGGGCAGAUUGCCUUCACAAAAGGAGCAUAUUUCUUGGGCAAGAUGGUUUGGGCAAAAGGAUACAAGGAGCUGAUAGAUUUAUUAGCAAAGCACAGGAACGACCUUGAUGGCUUCAACUUGGAUGUGUUUGGAAAUGGAGAGGAUGCUCAUGAAGUUCAGACCACUGCUAAAAAGUUGGCUCUGAAUCUCAACUUCAUGAAAGGCAGAGACCAUGCUGAUGAUUCUCUUCAUGGUUAUAAGGUCUUCAUAAAUCCCAGUGUUAGCGAUGUGCUCUGCACAGCCACAGCCGAGGCCCUAGCAAUGGGGAAAUUUGUGGUUUGUGCAGACCAUCCAUCAAAUGAGUUCUUCAGGUCAUUCCCCAACUGUUUGACUUACAAGACUCCCGAAGAUUUUGUUGUGAAGGUGAAAGAAGCAAUGGCUAAUGAACCUCUACCACUCACUGCUGAACAAAGAUACAACCUUUCAUGGGAAGCUGCCACCCAGAGAUUUAUGGAGUAUUCUGAGCUCAACAAAGUCUUGAAUAAUAAUGAUAAAGGUGAUUCACAAUCGAGCCAAACUAAUGGAACAAUUGUUGGAAAAUUGGCUUCAACCCCUAGCUUGACGGAUGUGGUUGAUGGAGGGUUGGCAUUUGCUCACUACUGCUUUACUGGGAAUGAGUUGCUGAGGCUGUGCACGGGGGCAAUACCUGGGACAAGGGACUAUGACAAGAAGCAUUGUAAAGAUCUGCAUCUCUUGCCUCCACAAGUAGAAAAUCCUAUAUAUGGCUGGUAAGUAGAAGAAGAAUUAUUCAACUGUAUAUGAGUAAUCCUUACAUAUAUAGUAAUUGUUACAUGUUAUACAUACUGGCUUGUCAAUCUUGUUAGUACACAGUAUGAUGCUUUCCUGUUUGUAGCAAGAUAUCAACACGUACGUCGAUAGUUGGAAUCCAGUAGUUUUUUUUCUCUAGUAAUACGUGCAAAAGUUUAAAA